CAGGGAUCCAAAUCCGAUCGGGGCCACCUUUACCCGUUGCAUACUGAUACCGCUCUCCCACCCCUCUCUCUCUCUCUCACCCAAAACUCCCUCACAACACAACACUCUUCAAAACCUACAAUUGGCGUGUCUAAUUCACGCAUAUACUCUCUUCUUUAUCUUCCUCUCACAACCCUAGAGCUAGGGUUUUUUCCCCACUGCACUCGUUUACCUCUGUAAUGCCCCAUAUACACUUCCUCCAAUUCGCCAGAACCCAAUGUACGGACGCACCCAGCCCCUGAACAUGCCCAACCAGAUCUCUGGGCCAGCCGACGACGAUGACGUUUCCGGCGCCGGCGCCGGCGCCUGCGCAGAGUCCAUUGAAAACUCUCACAUUCGCUACGAAGCCCACUCGAUCGACGACUCUGGCGGCGCGGUUGGUGGUGUCGUCGAUGACGUCACCGCUGAAGCUGUUUACGUUCAUGGCGGUGGUGGCGGAGCAUCGGAGAUGGUGAUUCAGCGUCAAGAAGAUACCAGCCAGCUGACGCUCUCGUUUCGAGGCCAAGUCUAUGUGUUCGACUCUGUUACCCCUGACAAGGUUCAAGCAGUGUUGCUACUUCUCGGGGGCUGUGAACUAUCUUCGGGACCACAAAACGAGAUGUUGCCUCAGAACCAGAGGGGUGGUGUUAUGGAGUAUCCUGUAAAGUGUAGUCAACCACACAGAGUGGCCUCAUUAAAUAGGUUCCGCCAGAAGAGAAAAGAGCGAUGCUUUGAUAAGAAAGUUAGAUAUAGUGUUCGUCAAGAGGUUGCCCUCAGGAUGCAGCGCAAUAAGGGUCAAUUUACUUCUUCUAAAAAGUCGGAAGGAGCUUAUAAUUGGGGUACCCUCCAGGAGUCAGGGCAAGAUGAUAGUCCACAAGAAGCCUCAUGUACACAUUGUGGCAUAAGUUCAAAGUCCACUCCAAUGAUGCGGCGGGGGCCAUCUGGUCCAAGGUCUCUUUGCAAUGCCUGCGGACUUUUUUGGGCAAACAGGGGGGCUUUGAGGGAUCUUUCUAAGAAAACCCAGGAUCAUUCUGUUAGCCUGGCUGAACAGGGUGAACGUGAAGCCAAUAAUUCAGACUGCGGAACUGCCAUCCAUACAAACAACAAUCUUGUUACUUUCUCUCAUGGGGAUAACUCAGCUUUAAUAGCUGAGCACUGAGUUGCAAGUUAUCUUUACAAAAGAGGCGAUACAGUUGCCUCUGGCAUCAUUCAAGUAGGUUUUGUAGUGCUUUCAUUUGUCUUGUCCAUCCGGUGUACAGAUGUAUUAGUGCCAUCUUCCAUCAAUACAAGUGGUUUUAUCUUUUUAUAUCAUGGGAACUAUGCAAAGAUUAUUGCCAAUGGAUCCAUCGUCCCUUGUAUCAUCAUGAAAGCUUAGAUUGACGAUAUUGGUAAUCUUGUAUACAAUAUACUUUUAAUAGUAAUAGCUCGAUGCCAUAGCCUGCUUCAAUGAAA